CAUUGCAGCUGAUUAAAAAAUUCCUCAAGACUACAGGAUUUCAUAAGGAUGGAAUCCUUCCAGGUAGUUUUGUGGAGGGUAUUAAAGCUAAAUUCGGAGGCAAUAUUUUUUUCUGUGUGGAAUUCUUGUGUGUUCGAUUUGUGAGAUACUUUGAUCUGGAAAAUAUCAUUCUCUUCUUAUUAGAAAAUGCUUCAGUUAUUGUAAAUAAGUUGAAAAAUGGAAUUAAACGACUUGGUUCUUCUUUUAGAAAUUGGUGGGGGUAUUAA